AUGGAGUGCCGGUUAGAGGAUGGCCGGUUUAACAGUGUAGAGGUUUAUGCUUUCGUCUCGGAUUCGGCUGGGAUUUCCGUGGCUGGGAAGAGCCCUGCGGAUGGGACUCGAGCAUCCCCGGAGCACAAACUCAAAGAGCAAUACCAUGGCAUAAGCACAUUUCCCUAUAAUUCAGUGGUGGAAUACGUCUGCCGACCAGGUUACAUGAAAAAUGUGAAUACCCAAAACGUCCUUGUUUGUGGAAGGAACAAUAGGUGGCACGGAUCAAAGGAGAUGUGUUUACCAAAGCUGUGUGCCUACCCUGGCGAGCCGGCCAACGGCAGACUCCUCCUAGCAGGAAGGUUCAUUUUUGGGUCAGCAGUGAACUUCGCCUGCAACACUGGGUACAGACUGGUUGGAAAUUCUCAAAUUCAGUGUGUGAUUAAAAACGGGGUUGUUACAUGGGACAGAGAUGUUCCCACCUGUGAGCCAAUACCCUGUUCACCCCCUCCAGAAAUAGCUAACGGAGAGCACAACGGAGCUGGCAAAGAGCUCUUCGAAUACGGGACAUCCAUCACUUACAGGUGCCACACCGUCAAAAGGGGAGAGAAACCUUUCUCGAUGGUGGGAGAUGCUUCUAUUUUCUGCACAACCACGGAUAAUGUAAAUGGUGUCUGGAACAAGCCAGCCCCGGAGUGCAAAGUGGUUAACUGCGAGCAUCCCAGCGUGGAGAACGGGAAGCUGCUGAGCGGGUACCGGGCUGAGUACACCUACAGAGACACCGUCAUGUUCGACUGCAACUUUCGCUACACCAUGAACGGCAGCGAUGCGUCCACCUGCAAAGAAAACGGCCGCUGGGACCCUCCGUUGCCACUCUGUCAGCUCAGUAGCUGCGAUGACCCUCCAGAUGUGCCUAAUGCUGUCAAAACAAAACUUGCUGGCAAUCUCUUUCCUGUGGAGACUGUCAUUACCUACGAGUGCAGGGAGGGCCACCAGUUCAGCCCGGGAGAAAACACGCGGCACAUCAAGUGUCUGCCGGAUUUUACGUGGACUGAAAUUCCAGAUCCUUGCAGAAGAAUUCAUUGCUCAAAUCCAGACAUCAGUAAUGGAAAGCCCGUACAUGUAUGGGAAGCUAAAGAUGAGUAUCUGUAUGGCGACAGACUGGAAAUUAUGUGUAAUGAUGGCUACACUUUCAAAGGUCAUGGCAAUAGCAUUGCGCUUCGGUGUGCAAGUGAUGGGAGAUGGGAUCCAGCAGUACCAGAGUGCACUGAAGAACGUCAUUGCCCAAAGCCAGAUAUUGCUCACGGAAGAGAGGUUUAUAAAAGCAAAAAUGACUACACAGUUGGGACCCAACUGAGGCUGGUGUGUGAUUCGGGCUAUGUUCUCAGGGGCCAGGACUCAACCGAGUGUCAGGCUGAUGCAGCCUGGGCUCCCCCGUUACCAUUUUGUGAUAAAGUCUGUGGCCCCCCUCCAAAAAUCACCAACGGGCAGCACUCUGGCUCGAGAACGGAGCGGUUCCCCUACGGCGCAGAGGUGACGUACAGCUGUGGGGAGGGUCUGUCCCUCGUUGGGGACACCUCCAUCUACUGCACCUCCGACGAUGGGGUGAACCUGGCGUGGAGCGGACCUGCCCCGGAGUGCAGGGUGGUUCGGUGCCCCAAGCCCACUGUCGAGAGGGGAAGGAUGACUCCGCAGAGGUUCACGUUUCCCUACGGGGCGGCCGUGCAGUUCUCCUGUGAUGAAGGCUUCGUGCUGCGGGGCGAUGCCGAGAGCCGGUGCCUGGCCGACGGCACCUGGCACCCUCCCCUGCCCACUUGCCAGCCAGUUCGAUGCCCCAAGCCCCUGACACAGGAGGACCUAGUGAUGUACCCUUCUAAAUUAUGGUACGAGGUGAAUGAAACUCUGUUCUUCUACUGCAUGCGUAAUGGCCGUCAAUCAGGAAAUACACAAAUUACCUGCUCAGCUAACGGCACUUGGAUACCACCGCCCACAUGUAAAAAGCGUGAUACCUGUGAGAAGAUUCUUCAAAACAGAGAAGAUUUCCAGUGUGGAGUUCCUCUGACAGAACUGAAAACUCUGCUGGAAGUCCAGAAACUGCACCUGGAGAUCCAGAAACUUGAAAAGGAGCUAAAAAUCACAGCCUGCUUCCCCUUCCCCGGCACACUGCGGCGGGCUCUCGGCAGGGAGAGGCUCUCGCCUUCCCGCAGCGCUGGCCCCGCGCCCCCCUGCACCAUGCCCGUGUUUCUCCGCCGGCCGGGGCAGCUGCUGGCGGUGGUGGUGCUUGUGAUGCAGCCAGUUGGGGGUCUCGUUUGUGACCAGCCCCAAAAUAUUUCUGGUGGGAGAUAUGGUAGCCGGACAGAAAGGUUUUUUGUUGAGACCUCAGUGGUGUACGUGUGUGCUAGAGGUUACACGGUUGUAGGAGAGCCCCUCCUUUAUCGUAAAGCUGGAGGGGUUCAGUGUCCCGUCCCAGACAUCACACACGGACAGCUGAAACCUGCACAGAACUUCACCUACGGCAGCACAGCCACGCUCGAGUGCGAUGACGGCUACGUCCCCGUGGGUGCCAUCACCACCGUGCGCUGCCUGGGCAGUGGCAGGUGGCACCCGCGGGUGCCUGCCUGCACCCUAGAGGUGCAGUGUCCCAGCCCAGCUCUCCGCCACGGGACAGAGGUCAGGCCCAGGAAAGCCGAAUACACCUUCGGACACCAGGUGGAAUUUCGGUGUGAUCCUGGCUAUGUGCUGAGGGGCAGUCAGAGGAUCCAGUGCUGGUCCGACGGGACGUGGAGACCCCCCGUGCCGUACUGCGACAAGGUCUGUGGUCCCCCUCCAAAAAUCACCAAUGGGCAGCACUCUGGCUCGAGAACGGAGCAGUUCCCCUACGGCUUCGAAGUGAAGUACAGCUGUGGCGAGGGUCUGUCCCUCAUCGGGGACGACUCCAUCUACUGCACCUCCGACGAUGGGGUGAACCUGGCGUGGAGCGGACCUGCCCCGGAGUGUAGGGUGGUUCGGUGCCCCAAGCCCACCGUUGAGAGGGGAAGGAUGACUCCACAGAGGUUCACGUUUCCCUAUGGGGCGGCCGUGCGGUUCUCCUGUGACGAAGGCUUCAUGCUGCAGGGCGAUGCUGAGAGCCGGUGCCUGGCUGACAGCACCUGGCACCCUCCCCUGCCCACUUGCCAGCCAGGUGGGUACCAGCCGGGAGCCGAGCCAGCGGCCCCUGUGACGAGGAAAGAAGGUGAUGCUGAUGUAUGUGAAGAGGUUCAUUAUAUUAAAACGGUCUUUGAAUGCGGUGUGCCUAUGGCAGAAGUGAAAACUCUGCUGGAAAUAGAAAAACUGUUUCUGGAGAUUAAAAAACUAAAGGUGGAACUAGAAAACUUGAACAAAUGA